CACCCGUAGGACAGUGAAAGCACCUUUCGAUUCAACAGGGACGAAAGUCGGCUCCGCUUCCAGUCUUAAAUAAAUUCAAUGUGAUGUUGUAACUGCGUUUAAGACAAUAAAACAACGAUCGGCUCGUGCUGAUGCUGUUGUUUAUCGGGGCUUCGAUGCACGUGCGAUUUCAUGUUAGAACAUGAACAGCAUUUUAAAAGUUUGCGUUGGUCAGCAGGCCGUGAGAAACUUUCUUAAGCCAACAUUAGAGACCUUUACGAUAACGAGCCGAGGGAAAAAGCUAUUGAAUCCACCGCCGAGGAAAAGGUUAUCUCCGUGGCUAAUUAAGCAGAAUCGAGUGCAACACAGAGAUGACUUAACGCCGGAGAAUAAAGAAUUUAUACAGCAGGUUAUAAAAGACAAGUAUGCGCCAUCGAAUAAUGACAUUGAGAGGUUUUCUCCCUUAAAGCUAGACACGAUCGAACCAAUAACCGAAUGGCAACCACAUUAUAGACGAGUUGGUGUUAUUGCUAAGAAAAUAGGUAUAGUGCCACUGUGGUUAAAAAAUGGAAAAAAAAUUAUAACCACCAUGCUUCAAGUGUCCGAUAAUCACGUGAUUAAAUAUAUACCACCAGAGGAAUAUAAGCCCAUGAUAUCAAAACGAAAGACCGUGUGGCCAAGAACUAUGGGCUGCCUUAUCGUGGGAGCUGAAAGUUGCGACCCUCAAUUGUUUACUAAAGAGUACUGUGGGCUAUUCAAUGAUUCGGGAGUAAUGCCAAAACGUUUAUUGGCCAGAUUUUCCAUAUCCCCCGAAGCUGCACUGCAACCUGGCACUCCGUUAAGCGCAUCUCACUUUCAAAUUGGCGAUUUCAUCGAUAUUAGAGGAAAAACAAUCGAUAGAGGAUUUCAAGGUGUAAUGAAGAGAUGGGGAUUUCAUGGUAUGCCCGCUAGCCAUGGAGUUACAAAAACACAUAGGAGACCAGGAAAUAUUGGCUCUGGAAGCCAUAAAGCCCGUGUAUUACCAGGAACAAAAAUGCCCGGUCAUAUGGGAAAUCGGUAUCGCAUUAUAAGAGGCCAAAGAAUAAUUCGAAUGAAUACAAAAUACAAUAUUAUUUGGAUUCACGGAGAUGCCGUAGCUGGCGCAACAAACAGUUUUGUUCAAAUUUAUGACACCGUUUUACCGUUUAAAACUUCCAAAGCAUUAAACGUAACUCCACGUUUCCCAACUUAUUUUCCAAAUCUUCAGAAAGAAGCUUUACCAGAAGAAUUAUUUGCAGAUGACUUACAUAACUUUGCCGAUCCAACAAUUAUAUACACAGAUGAAUAAAUAUUUUAUAUUAGAUAAUUAUUAAUUAUUAAUUAAAAGUUUUAUAAAAUA